AUCUAUUGCUUUGCACAUCCAGUCAAAACUCAUCAUGAAGUCCCAGUGGACAUUUUGGCUUCUGCAUUCUUGUUCACUGCUGGCCAUCGGCUUAGAUUUGGAGGUUAAAUAUUAUCCUGAAACAGAUGCUGUCAACUACUUGGAUCCAUGCAAAGCAGUGGCGUUUAUGGGAGACAUCGCUUUGGACAAGGAUGACCUGUUCUUCUUCAGACGAGACUGGAUUGGGAAAGAGCUUCCACAUAGCACCUCACACUCUAAUAACACUGUCACAGCCAAUGGAAACAGAGUGACGGAUGCAGCAACUAAUAGGAGCAGACGGACCAGCGAAUUCUGGGACAGUGUGAAAAUUUCUCGUAGGAAGAGAGCCGCUACGGCGAAGAUCGAGAGGAUCUGGCCUGAUGGUGUCAUUCCUUACAUCAUCAGUGCCAAUUUCAGCGGCAGUCAGAGAGCCAUCUUCAAACAGGCCAUGCGGCACUGGGAGCGACACGUCUGUGUAACCUUUGUAGAAAGAACGACUGAGGACAGCUACAUCAUCUUCACCUACCGUCCAUGUGGGUGUUGUUCUUAUGUGGGUCGGAGGGGUGAUGGACCCCAGGCUAUCUCCAUUGGCAAGAACUGCGAUAAAUUCGGCAUUGUGGUUCACGAGCUGGGUCAUGUGAUCGGUUUCUGGCACGAGCACACACGGCCCGACCGAGAUACACACGUCAGCAUUAUUAGAGAGAACAUACAACCAGGCCAGGAGUAUAAUUUCCUGAAGAUGGAGCCGGAUGAGGUGAACUCCUUAGGAGAGACGUACGACUUCGACAGCAUCAUGCACUAUGCCACAAACACAUUCUCCAGAAGCACCCUCCUGGAUACGAUUCUGCCUCGGUAUAAUGUGAAUGGAAUCAGACCCACUAUUGGUCAGAGGACGAAACUGAGCAAAGGCGACAUCAGUCAAGCACGAAAGCUCUACAAGUGUCCUAAGUGUGGUGAGAGUCUGCAGGACAGCUUUGGAAAUUUCUCUUCGCCCGGAUUUCCGAAUGAAUAUGCUGCUUAUACGCACUGCAUAUGGAGCAUCUCUGUUACACCUGGAGAGAAGAUCAUCCUUAACUUCACCUCCAUGGAACUCUACCAAAGUAAUCUUUGCCGGUAUGAUUAUGUGGAGGUACGAGAUGGAUACUGGAGGAAAUCUCCGUUAAUUGGUCGCUUUUGUGGAGAUCAGGUGCCAGAGUCUCUCGUUUCCACCAACAGUCGUUUAUGGAUUGAAUUUCACAGCAGCAGUAACUGGGUAGGAAAAGGAUUCUCUGCCAUGUAUGAAGCAGUGUGUGGUGGGGAAAUGGAUGCUGACAGUGGACAGAUUCAGUCACCCAACUACCCUGAUGAUUAUCAGCCUAGUAAAGUGUGUGUGUGGAAGGUGACAGUGACUGAAGGCUUUCAGGUGGCACUUUGCUUCCAGGCAUUUGAGCUGGAGAGACACGACCGGUGUGCAUAUGAUUAUGUUGAAGUGCGUGAUGGUAGCUCGGAGAGUGACCCGCUCCUGGGGCGAUUCUGCGGCAGUCAAAAUCCCCCAGACUUUAAAAGCAGCUCCAACCAACUCUGGAUAAAGUUUGUUUCAGAUGGUUCUAUUAAUAAAGCUGGAUUUGCCGCGAACUUCUUUAAAGAGGUGGACGAGUGUUCCAGACCUGGUAACGGUCAGUGUGUUCAGAGGUGUAUCAAUACGCUGGGUAGUUAUCGGUGUGCAUGUGACCCAGGAUAUGAACUUGCGACGGACCGACACAGCUGUGAGGCAGCUGCGUGCGGAGGUUUCCUCACUGCAUUAAAUGGCACGGUGUUCAGUCCUGGCUGGCCUCAUGAGUACCCCCAUAAUAAACAUUGUGUGUGGCAGCUCAUCGCUCCUCAACACUACACCAUCACACUGCAGUUCCACAACUUCGACACAGAGGGCAAUGAUGUGUGUAAAUAUGAUUAUGUGGAAGUUCGCAGUGACUCCAGGCUCCAUGGGAGAUUCUGCGGAGCGACAACGCCAGAGCCGAUCACCUCCGACUCCAACAUCCUGUACGUGGAGUUUAAAUCCGACAACACCGUGUCGCGCAGGGGCUUCACAGCGACCUUCUUCUCUGAUGUUGACGAGUGCUCUCGACAGAAUGGUGGGUGCCAGCAUGAUUGUGUGAACACGUAUGGGAGUUACACUUGUCAGUGCCACAGCGGAUUCAUCUUGCACACCAACAUGCAUGACUGCAAGGAAGCCGGUUGUGACCAUGUGAUUUCCAGCAUGCCUGUAUCCAUUAUGAGCCCCAACUGGCCAGAUAAAUAUCCCAAUAAGAAGGUGUGCACUUGGGCCCUAACCACUACACCAGGCCACCGGAUCAAACUGGCCUUUAAUGAGAUCGACAUGGAGAGCCAUCUUGAAUGUUCCUACGAUCAUCUGGAUGUUUAUAACGGCCCUGACGAUGCCUCACCCAGAUUGGGCCGUUUUUGUGGAAGCAAAAAACCACCACCUGUUAUUUCCAGUGCCAAUAAGAUGUUUCUUCAGUUUUUCUCUGAUAAUUCAGUACAGAAACGAGGCUUCGAGGUGUCUUUUACAACAGAGUGUGGUGGAGCUCUGAAGGCUGAGGUGGAGCCGGGAGAUCUGUACUCACACGCUCAGUUUGGUGAUAAUAACUACAGCCCAGCCGAGGAGUGCGAGUGGGUAAUUUCAGCCGAGAAAGGAUUUGGAGUUAAGCUCAUCUUCAUCAUCUUUGAUUUGGAGGAUGAGGCAGAGUGCACCUAUGAUUACCUGGAGCUGUUUGAUGGAGCUGACACUAAAGCGCCAUGCCUUGGGCGAUACUGUGGAUCUGGGCCUCCAGAUGAGAUUUACUCAGCUGGUGAUGGCAUCGUCAUCAAGUUCCACACAGACGAUACCAUCAGUAAAAAAGGAUUUCACAUCCAAUACACCAGCAUUAAAUUUCAAGACACACUUCACACCAGUAACACCAGUAAGUGACUGAGUGCAGUGUUCUGGGGCUUUUUCCUCCCAUGAACUGGCCCACCAUAAACUUUAGUUUUUUUGUUUGUCUGUUUGUGGAAAUCUUUCUACACUGCCAAGAAGAAGGUGUACAAGGACACUUUUUUUUUCUUUCUUUCUUUUUUUUUUUACAUUUCAGGAAAUAUGAAGUACCUCAAUUAGCAGGAUGUUAUGACUUGACUAGGAACAAGCUAACAAGUGAUCAAAGCUCAUAGUAUCCAAAAUGCUUACUGAAACCAUUACACGUUUACAUCAAACGGACUUUUGGCCAGUGUGAUAUUUAUAGAUGACUAACAAAAAGGGGAUGAGCUAAAACCUAUAGUAUUGUCCAUCUUGGUCUUUCUCAACACAUACUUUAGUAUCACUCAAUACCAAAAACAGCCAUGUAGCAGACGAACGCUUAUGUCAGGUCUUUUGAUCAUUUUCUUUGUGUAUUAAAAUUACAUUUGAUUAUUUAAUUAGACGAUUAUCCUACCUGAACCAGACACUAUCACACAUGAUCAUUUUAGUUAUGUAGACGACAUGCUGCUAAACUAGAAGCUUUAAGCGUUCCUUGCUUUCUAACCUUGUAGCACCACUGCAAACCUAAAAAACGAAAAAACACACCAAAAGUUAAUUUCAUGCACCAGACAUGUCUAAGUUAAUUGAUUAUGUUUAUGGUAAAUAAAAAGUUUUCAAUUGUCCCAGUACUUAUUUUGUUAACUUAUUUAUGUAUCUUUUGGAUUUGUCAUUAAAGUUUUUUUCAUUAAAAUGGAAAAAUU